CCCUCCGCGCGGCCGGUCGCCGGGGCCGCGGCGGGAAAAUCCGACUGCGCCGGCGUGGCGCCCCCUGCGCCGGCCCGGCCGCCGCCGUGAUGGAGGAGGCGGGGGAGGGCGCCGAGGAGCAGCAGGGACUCUUCUACCGACAGAGGCUGAAGGCUGCGGUCCACUACACCGUGGGCUGUCUGUGCGAGGAGGUGGCCUCGGACAAGGAGGUGCAGCUCAGCAAGCAGACCAUCGCGGCGAUUUCGGAGGUGACCUUCCGACAGUGCGAAAGUUUUGCCAAAGACCUUGAAAUGUUUGCAAGACAUGCGAAAAGAAGCACAAUUAACACGGAAGAUGUGAAGCUCUUAGCCAGGAGGAGUAAUUCACUGCUAAAAUACAUCACAGAGAAAAGUGAAGAGAUCACUCGGACCAAUGCAGAACGAAAAACAAAGAAGAAAAAGAAAUCAGAGGAUGAAAACAAAGAUUCGUUGGAGCCAGCAGAGGCUGGCGGAGGGGGAAAUGAGAAUUAAACUCUGUCACCACUUGGACAAAGCAGCCCUGAGCAGGGAGAGCCACCGAAAACGUAUAUUGCCACAAAGGGAACUUAAAGGGAGGAGA